AUUACACGACAUUGCGUUGUGGAGAUUACACAACAUGUGCGUUGUGUUUCACAAUUUUUCUAUAACAAGCAAUUCUACGCUAUUCUUAAAAUUAAAUCUUCCAUUAAUAUGAAUGAAACAGAGAAAGAAUUUGUGAGAUAUUUAAAGUUAGAUCAUGGACUCCAAUAUAAGGAUGGAACCUUUAUUCAUACUAAGCCGUUAAUCGAUGAAGGUCGACUUAAAAUAGAAGAAUAUACUAAAGUUCACAUCUAUGAACCAACAGGAGAGAAGCAAACGUCCGCUUGGGAUAUAAUUUCUAAAAGAUUUCAAACCUCAGAAUGCGAAAAUUCUGAACACACUUCUGGCCAUCUACCUCAAGAGUACCUUAAAUUAAUAAUUCCCAUACUCAAAAUUACUUAUGUCGGAAAUCCACUCAAUUCUUUUAAAUCUUAUGCGAAGAAAUCAGAUAAAACUGAACUAUGUCAACAAUUCCUUGCCGAAACGGUUUUAGUGGGAGGUGGUUUAAUUAUCAAAAAUUCUAAU